AUCACCAUGGUGUUCCCAUGGGGACCCCACGGGAGUAUUUUUCCCCAAUCAACCAUCAUAUCCCUAUGGGAUUAGUAGGAGCAUUCAUUUCCCUUUUGCCCUCACCAUGGAAAUCCGUGGAGGCCCAAUGAGGGAACCUGGAGGAUCCAAAAGAAUACCCCUUUCCACCCCCUCAAUAAUUGCAUGGAAAAAAAUCCCAACCAUGGUAUCUCAUGACAAUAUAUUAUGUGGUUCCAAUGGGGGUGUAAUCUCACUAUUUUAAAACCAUGUGUCAUGUACCAAGAAUCGGAUUUGAAAUCCCUGUGGAGGAUGGGGUGCAUGUACAUGUACAUACAUGUUACAUCAUGCUUUAACUGGAAUGUAGAAAUACUUUGGUUAACAUGUCAUUAUACAUGUACAAUGUAUUAACUUUGAUUAUAAAAAGAAGCCUUUCCAAGACCAACUGAAUUUGUUUAUUCAAGAAAAUCAUCCUUUUAUUUACAAAUUAAAAACAUGAAUAUAAUGUGCAUUUAUUAUUUGAUUAGUUAAACGAAAUGAACUGAGUUGAAUAGUUUCAUUAAUUUUGUAGAAAAAUACAAUAAAUUUUAUUUCCAAUUGUUAAGCAAUUGGUUAAAGGCAGUGGAUACUGGUCAUGGUUUUGACAUCACUUUGGGCCUAUAACUUUAAGUGCCCCUCAUAGCAGUCUGUAUUUCCAUGUUCAGAUAGCAAUUUACGACUUAAAGGUGCAGACAUGAAAAAAAUCAUAUGAUAAUGUCACAAGAGCUGUUUUGGGCUCGCUACGAAACAGCUAAUGACAAAUUUCCAGUAGGCCUAUGCAUUGUAUUCAAAAAUGUUUAUGUAGACAAAACUCUGGAGUUGUAUGAAAAACAUUGUAAAAAGGCGGUACAAUUUCACGGAAGAAUUUAAUCACUCUCAAUUGUAUUUGGAAACAUGCAAAUGAAAGAAUCAGGGAAAAUUCUUUUUUUCUCAAUGAAAAUACACUUAUUUGUUAUAGCAGUAGCUUUACACGCUCCAAGAACUUCACUAACACAUCUUACAACCUAAAAUGUGAGGGGCUGAAGAACCAGUUUGUCUGUCAGUUAUGAUGCUUCUAUGGUCAUACAAUACUACAGGGUUAUAAAUAAUAAAACAAGUGCCCUCAAUUAUACAAAUUCUAGUAAUUAUAUCAAAGGAGCCAUCAUUAAACACUACAGCAGAAGAAUUUCUUUUUCUCACUCGAGUGUAUGCUUUUGUAUGAAGUAGUUUGUUGUGUACAAUGGCACGAUCAUGGAAGGCAACAUUAUCAGGAACAGGGUCAUUAAGUAGCCUUUCUAAGGCAAGCCUUUCUUCGAUCGUUGUUUGACAAAAUUUAGCACAACCAGAACGGUUACAUCAUCAUUAACAUGGAAUGCAUAUUUUGUAGACAACAAGCCACUUAAUAAAGAUUUACAGUACGUCUCUACUUGGGGAGAUUUAUUAUACACAAAUGAUGUCAUAAGUUUUGGAAUGUACUUCCAUAAUGUGAAGUUGUUGAUAAUUUGCAAAGGCACACCCUGAGUUCCAUGAAACAUCUUAAGAAGAUUGCCAUUAUAAGAUUCAAAGGCAAAUGUUGAAUUGGGCCAUAAAGGACCCCAAUUAUGAACAGUAUCAACAGAAUGAAGUAGUUGGUGAACAUUGUAUGUCAUGUGCUUUUUGCCAUACAGCUCCUCUACGAGAAACACAUAUUUCUUUAACAUAAUUUCUGCAUUAAUUAAAUCAUUUAGUGAAAUAGACUCUGAUAAAAGUGUCAUGACAUGACAUGUUGUUUACUAUAGUUUCCUAAAGAUGUGUGAAGUUUGCGGUUGUGCGCCUUGAGUUCUAGACUAGCCACUUCUACACACGAGUUCGUAAAGUUUUCAACGUUAGAGUUUACUCUCCAGAUUCCCGUAUUUUUCUCAAGUUUAUGCCGUUAUAAGAUACGGAACUUCAGCAAAUGUCGGUAGGUGAUGAUCCAUCACAACCGCUUAUUACAAUUACGGACGAGGAAGAUAUCUACAGAACGAGUGCACAAAUCAAGGUCGAGUAUGACGAGGUUUUUCAGGAACCAGCAGUCUUUGCGAAAUGCUCGAUCAAAAAGAUUAGCCGGCUGAUAUAUACGUGGACACAGAUCAUUGUCUACAUCAUCUUCAGCAUCCUUUUCGGGAUCUUACUCUCCUUUAUAUGGGGUAUCAUCUUCGCUCUGCUCAACUUCUUCUCAGUGUUCAUCAUGCAGCCCACUGCAAAGGCCCUCUUCGUAAUCUUACGCACCAGCGCCAUGAUGGUGAGAGCCACAGUGCGGUCUUACUUGGAUCCGGUCUACGAGUCGUUCGGUAUGUGUUUCUCCCGCAUCAAGGGGAAGGUCACGCUGACUGGGGGAAUCUUACCCACUACGAUUGGGCGAGCUGCCAUCAAAGAAAUGUAAAACCUAUUUGUUUUGGUCCGCGUCCAAAUCAACGGGUUUUUGGCUUUAUUUAGCUAUUUUGUCUCAGGAACGACAUAAACUACGCGUUAAAUUUUGUAGUGCAACUGUGUUUUUAGUUUUGCACAAUGUGUGUGAUGCUUUUAUUGUAAUAGACAUUUAGUGUUAAAUUUUUUUACGCUAGACAGGGUGAAUACUUUUGGAAAUUAUUCCACAAAUUAUUGAUCAAAAUAUUAGUUGGUAAAGAGCACUGGAGUACUCGUGAUAAAAUAUUUAAAUCAAUUCCCUUUGAAAAGUAAUUUAUUAUUAAUCCAACAAACUUGAACCCGAGAAAGGUUCCAGAGAUAAAGCCUUUUUCGUGCAUCUGAAAGCAAAUUUUCUUGCAACUUCGAUGACCUCUAUAAGUUUCGCUCAGAUUUUCACAGGUUUGUUAUCGUAUGCAUAAUAUUUAUGUGAGAUACACCAAGUGAGGAUACUGGUAUUCAUACAAAAUACCAAAAGUAUACACUGCAUUUAAAACGUUUGUAUUGUAAAUACAUAAUUGUAAAAUAGGAAUGGGGUGGGGCGAGCGGGGGGGGGGGCGCCCCUUACAACGAGGCUGCGCCAAUGUCACGUACAGUGUUAUUAAUGUACGCAUUGAGCCAUGUAUCUUCCAACAAUGACAGUUACCUAUUACGAACUAAUAGAAUAUGCACAAAAUAUAAAUUUACGGGUUGCCUCACAGGUUUUAUGCAGUUCAUAAUCUACUUAAAUUUUAUAAGCAGCUAAAUGAAAUUGGACCCUGGCUGUCAACGUUUUCGGUGUUCUGUUUUAUUUCAUCAUUGACCCUAAUUCAUACUUAUGAUGUGAUUAGUCACCAGUGUGCAUUGGCUUCUAUUUUAUUUUGAGUUAUGUAUAUGUAUUGAAAAAGUAAUAAGUCAACGUAAGUGAGUUUUUUUUGUAAAUAUCUUGCAUAUUAAUUAAUUUCAAAAAUUAAUAGACCUGAAAUACCACAUGUUCAACCCGUGAAUAUUGAUAGACUAGACUGCAAUUCCACGUGUUAUGUUGUUAUGUAAAAAGAUUUUUUUUUCCCCGCCAACCUUUUGAAUAUGAGAAGGUACAGUAUAUCGCGAUAACGUUUCUCAGAUUGUGUAUUGGAAUUAUGAUCUUGGAUUAUGGACAAAACCGCUCCAGAUUUUUAGUAAUAUCUCGAAAACGAGACCACAUUUUUGAAACAAAAAUGUCACAUGUAAGUUUAAUUGUAUAUAGGCCCAUCUACAUUGAUAAAGGAUUAAAACAAUCGAAGGAUUCCAAAAACAAAAGGUAUAGUCCUUCUCCCCCCCCCCUUUAAAACACAAGACAAUCACAAUGCAGCUACAGUUAUACACACAUUCUCUUCCGCGUGGUUCGUUUUGAACAUGUACCAAGAGGUUUGAAUUUAUUUAUUUUUUACUCAAAAACGUAAAAACCACUUUGAGAAACAUGGAAUUUUACAAUCGUCUUAUCUUUGAAGUGUGUAGUCUUAAAUUUAAUGUAGGAUCAUAGAUUGCUUUUUGUCAAUGUAAUAAUGAUAGGCCAAACUAUCCAGAGCUUUGACAAACAACACAA